CGCCGGUCGUGUUGGUGCUGUUAGAAUAUAACGGGCUCUCCCUUCAAAAUAUCCAAAGAAGAAAGAGUGUGUUUUGUUGUGUGCUGCUCUCGUUUGUGUUUACAGAAGAAUGAAAAUAACAAAAAAAAAUGAAAUGAAAUAAAAUUUAAUACAAAGAAGAAAUAAAUAAAAAAUUAAACCAACAACAAGUUGUUUUAAUCAUUUCUUCUUAAAUCACAUGUGCUUCAAGAUAACAUAACAAAAUGAUAAAUUCCUUAUGAAGUUGUAUUUUUGUAUGCAACAACUUGCAAUUUAAUUAAGAAAAAUUACAUCAAUUGAAAUUUUUUGUUUAAUUUUUUUUUUUUUGGUCCUCUCUCAGUUCACUGAAUUAAAUUGGAAUUGGUUUUUUCGUCAUCUGCCUUUAUUUCUGUGUCUUUUCUAAUAAAUUUGUUUGUGUACCUCGUCUCUCGUCGUAAUGUUGUGGUGGUAAAUGGUGGUCUUUUGAUCUCUUCGUGUGUCCCUUUUUUUCUCCUUUUUACUGUGUUUUGGUGCUCUCGAAAUUGAAUCGAAUUUGAAAAAAAAGUGACCAACAGCAGCUGCAUGCUGCAUGUAUUGAUGCAGCAGCCGUUGUUUCGUUUGUUCGCCUUUAAUUUCCUUCAAACGAAAACCUUUUGUGCUGUUUUAAUGUUUUUGUUGUUGUUGGCUUGAUCGCUAGAGAUCGUUGUUGGCGAUCGAGUUGGAGGAAUCCCUCUCUCCGAAAAAAAAACCGGUUUUACUUUGUGUUCCCCUUUUUAUACAAUACAGUUGUUGCCUGUACCUAAUACCUGCCUACUUUUGUGUUGUGAAUUGAACCAAAUAAAUUAAAUUAAUAAAAUUAUUGAAUUGAUUAUAAAUCGGCGGCGUGCUUUUUUUGUCGUUCAAUUUUUAAAUAAAAAUAAAAUAAAAAAAACAGGUUUUCUUCUUGUUUACACUUGACUCUUGUCUCGAUUCCUGCUCUCUCAAGUGACAAACAAAGGUGAUUAAUAUUAUUUUUCUUCUCUAUCUUUUCCUUCUUCUUCUUGUCUUCGUUUUUAUCUUAAAUUUGAUUUUGUGUAUGUGUUUGUUCAAAUCUCUAACAAAAAAGAAGUUUUACAUCCUCAUGCCUCUUUUGCCCUCUUAUCCCAUAUCGGUAUAUUUAUAUGAGUUCAUCUCAGUAAAGUGUUAACGUAUUGGUGGUUGUGUCAUUGAUCCACAAAAGAGAAAAAAAAAAAUACACAAAAUAUUGAAAGAAGAAGAAAUUGAAAAAAAGUGUCAAGUGCGCCAAGAAAAAAAAUACAAAAAGUAUUUUUUUAAUUUUAAACCAAGAAAAUAAACCUUUUUUUAAUUACAAUUGGGGGGAAUUUAAUGAAUAUUUUCCAAUCAACAUUUAAAGGUUUUUAUGUAUUUGAAACUUUUUUUUUUUGUCUUCUAUAAACGGAUUAACCAAAUACCACUUGGAAAAAAAGCUGAUGAUUGUCUCUUAUUUAAAGGAUUAAAAUUGCUGAAGAUUCAACAAAUAUUAAACAAAAUAAACGGAUUAAAAGAAUACUGUCUUUGAAAUAAGGAUUCAAUGGCAAUAAUGUUUGUUUGGAAAAUCGUGCAUUCAAUAAAUUUAUAGUUCUAGGAAGACGUAACAAGUUCAACAGAAAGAAAAGAGGGUGCUUAAUACAACUUUAAGGAUAAAGUUACAUUUUAUGCUAAUUACAAGUUGUAAAUUCACCCCAGCUCAAGAAGUAACCAACACCAUCACAAUAGCCACCUCGUCGUAGUAAGGAAAAGGACCAAAUGCAGCACGAAAGGGACAUGAUAAUUAAUCAAAGUGACCCUCAAGGAUAACAGGAUUAGAUAACCCACAUCAGAAGAAGAACCAGAAACCACAAGUAGAAGAAGAAUAUACAAUCUAUCCUCUUCAAAAAAACAACAACAACAACAACAACACCGAUUACAACAAAAUCCUCCUCCUCCAAAACACCACAGAAAUGUAUUCCACCUCCACACAACUAAGGAUAGCCCAGCUCCUGGUACUCCUCCUAUUCGUCGGUGCCAGUGGCAACUCGGACUGGCUACAAAACUGCACCUCCUGCCAUUGCAACUGGAAUUCUGGCAAAAAGACAGCCGACUGCAAGAACAAGUCCCUAAAAACACUACCCACAGACUUGUCCAAUGAAUUGCAAGUCAUAGACCUGUCCAAUAAUUUCAUAGCCGAACUCAAACGAGAACACUUUGUCGAGGCCAACUUGCAGAAUUUGCAUAAAAUCUUCAUGCGAAACUGCACCCUCCAAGAGCUCAAUCGAGACUCCCUAAAAGGCUUGGCCAUUUUAAUCGAACUCGACAUGUCGCAUAAUAACAUUCGUAUCCUCCAUCCGACUAUCUUCUCCGGUCUAGUUAAGUUGCGUAAUUUAGUUAUGAACAACAAUGAGAUCGAAGUCCUCGAGAAUAACCUUUUUGUGGGUCUGACUUUUCUCUCCCGCGUUGAAUUCAAGCACAAUCGUCUGAAACGGGUCGAAAUGCAUACAUUCGACCAACUACCAAUGUUGUCGGCCGUCUAUUUGGAAUCCAAUCAACUGACAGUGCUGCGAAAAGAAACCUUCGCCAAUACACCGAAACUGCUGCACCUGUCGCUAGCCGCGAAUCCAUGGAAUUGCACGUGUGAACUGCAGGAGUUCCGGGACUUUGCCAUCUUUCAUCGCUUGUACACUCCGCCAACAGAUUGUCACGAACCGGCACAUCUGCAUGGGAAGCUUUGGCCGGAGAUUCCACCCGACCAUUUUGCAUGUCGUCCGAGGAUAGUUUACCCAAGGCCUGGACACUACAUCGAGGCAAACAGUGAGAAUAUAACGCUGUCGUGUCGAGUGGAGGGCUCUCCACGUCCUGACAUCCUUUGGGUGUACAAUAAGCGACCGAUAAAUGUGAACGACCAGAGGUUUCAGGUUCGCAACUCGGUGGAGCAGAACCGCAUCGAGAACUCCAACAUUCUGACAUCGGAGUUGAUUAUCUUUGGGGUAAGGUCGGCGGAUCGGGGGGCAUAUACUUGUGUGGCAGAGAAUCGUGGAGGGAAGGAUGAGAGUAAUAUGCAGUUGGUUGUUGGGACAGAACGUUAUAUAAACGGGGGAGCGGUUAUAGAUGGGAUGGGUGGUAGUGCGGACAAUGGGUUUGAUUCGUCUUCGAAUAUAUUGUUGAUAAUAUGUUUGGUUGCGACUACGUUGGUGUUGUUGCUGAUUGUGAUAGUGUUGGUGAUUUGUUGGUAUUGUCGGAGGAUAAAGACGUAUCAGAAGGAUGCAACGAUGAGUGAGAAUGGUUUGAUUGCUACGAAAAUGGAGAAGACCCAUCAUCACAAUGGAUCGGUGCUGGAGGGUUCGGUGAUAAUGGAAAUGCAAAAGAGUCUGCUGACAGAGGUUAAUCCGGUUGAGAAGCCGCCGCGGCGGACAGACAUUGAAAAUCUCGACAUGGAUGAUGGACAUGAGAUUAAAAAAACUCUCUUAGACGAAACGCAAUUCGGAAAUCGUGACGAAGAAACUCACUCCAUUGCUCUAUCCGACACAACACCACGCUCUCGCCAAACCUACGUCGACGAUGGUUAUGGAACGAAUCUCCCCCCAGACCUUCUAGCGUUUCCAGCCCGUGUUCCCGCCUCUCCCUCCAUACAAAGUUCAACAUCGAAUAUCCCACAAGAAAUGAUCUAUGGCAAAUCACCACUGGCUAGCCCAGUUUAUCAACACGUCAAUCCACAUGGUAUCUACGGCACAACGAUAGCGCCAUCUGGUUUCAUGACCCUACAACAUCCGAAAAAUCGUAAUCUUGCCUUAGUUGCUGCUGCAAAUUCACGCAAUCAAUCGCCUUUCAUACCUGCCCCAGUUGUCUAUUCCCCGGUAGUCAUGAAACAAGGUUACAUGACAAUACCACGAAAGCCACGUGUUCCCAGUUGGACACCCACCAACAGUUCACAGCUUUCGGAAUUUCAAUCGCCAACAUCGCCGAAUCCCAGUGAAACAGGGACAUCGCUCACUGAAACCUUCGAACCGGUUUAUGAUAAUCUAGGUUUGCGCACAACUGCCGGCGGUAAUUCAAUAUUAAAUUUGCACAAAAUCAACCAAGAACCGGUGCGGUAUACAAUGAAAGACCGGCCGCUUCCUGCUACCCCGAGUACAAGUCAAGGCCAACAGUUGCAACAGCAGCAACAACAGCUUCAACAGCAACAACAACAGCUACAGCAACAACAACAACAAAUGCAACAACAACUUCAACAACAACAACAGCAGCAACAACAAGCGGCGGCCGCACAACAAGCUGCGGCGGCAGCUCAAGCUGCUAAAAUCUACGAACCAAUUCAAGAAUUGGUCAAUAAUCUUACAACGACUUCCGAUACCGAACCUCUGUAUGGCACGGCUCGACACCAUAGCGGUGUUACCAUAGUGCCAAGCAUGGUUAUCGGCAACACACCCAGCUCGACAAGUGGCGCUGAAAAGGUCAGCAAAGUUCCGCCACGCCCACCGCCAAAACCCAAAAAGAAAAUGUCCGUUACAUCCAAGGGUCAAGGCAGCACGAGUCAGCUCUUCGACGAUGAAGGCGAAGACGGUACCGAGGUUUAGUUUAAACCGUUAAAGACGGCCUUGGUAAUUCUUAAUGCCGCAGCCGCCGCCGCGUACGACGACGCCGCACAAAAUAACAUCCAUAGCCCUCCUUCGCCGCAUACUACCGCAAUAAGUCCAUCGAUCUUUUCCUAUUUUUCUACCACCACCAAUACAACCUAUUCCAGCACUGCUUCCAAAGGAGAUUUUGUAUAAAACAAACAAAAAAAUUUAAAAAAAAAACAUUACUCGAGUUCCCAUCUCCCUCGCAAAAAAGGUUGGAUGGGUGGAUCUAUACGUGUUGGCUGAAAAUAAAAAAAAAUAAAUUGAAAUUUAAAAAAUGGGAUUCGAAUUUAGUGACUUGUGUGCCAAUCGACUGAAAUUUAGAAUUAAAAAAAAAAAACUGUUAAUAAGAUUCUAGAAAACCUUUUUUUAAAAAAAAUUACUAAUUUUGAAGAGGAACUUCAUCUUCUUCCUCCUCCAUGCCCCUCAUUCCCAAUUCUUAAAUGUUUAAUUUUUUUACAAAAAAAAAAAUUAUAGAUUAAGUAAUUUAUAAAAAAAAAAAUUACAAAAACUUUUGUAUUUACAAAAUAUGCUACAAUUUAUUUUGUUACAUUGUUCUCCCCUCCUCUAAAUAUGUUUUUGAAAAUAUGUAAAUGUAUAGAGCUGGAUGAAUCAGAAAAAAAAAAAUAUAAAAAAAUUACACAACAGAAAAUAAACAAAAAACCAGAGAAAAAAUUACAAUUAAAUCUAAAAUUAAUGUUUAAGGCUUAAAAAUAAUUAAAAUUGAAAAAGUAAAAAAAGAAAAUUUAAGAAAAAUUUUAAACAAAAAACAAAAUAAUAUUGACUGUUGAAUAUUAUAAAUUUAAAAACAAAACAAAAAAGGAUUAUAAUUAUGAAGUAAAAACAAAAAAAAUAUAAUAUUUUUAUUAUUACCUGUAAUUAAUUAAAUUAAAUUUAAAAAAUAUAUAUAUAUAGAAAUAAAUAAAUAUAUUAUAUUAAAUAAAAUAUAUAUAUAUUAUAAGAAUGAGAUGUAAUGUUA